GCCCUCACUCACUCACUCACCCCCUUCCCCCAACACGGCAACACCCCCACCAAUUCGUGAAUCACUAUCCCUCUGAACUCUGAAGCAAAGUUCAAAAUCACCCAACCAAAACCCUAGGUUCUCCCUGCAACGGUUCUGCCGCAGUGCCGCCGCCGUCCGUGCUGUCGGCGCCUCCGCGUCCUCUCUUGUAGCCCAGGCCCUCUCUUCUAGCUCGGCGUCCUCCUUCCCCCUGUCCCCGUCCUCCCUGGCUUCUCUGUUCGAGGUUGGAGCAGCUCGCCGCCGUGUCGCCGGUCGCCGUCCGUGUCUCCGUCGAAGAACUGAGAAGGAAAAUAGCAAUCUGAACCAGCAAAAGGAUUUCUGCAGCGUCAGCACGUGCUCACACUCACAGGAACAAGAUCUGCCCUCUGACGAAACGGUGCGUUUAUACGCUUGACAAAGUAGCGGGAAAAGAGCUCUACAUAUAUAGCAGCUAAACAAGCAGAGUGCAGUGGAGUGGAGUGCCAACUGCGAAGAGUGGGUCGAAAAAUACCGACCAAAACAAGUGAAAGACGUAGCUCACCAAGAAGAAGUUGUUCGUGUCCUCACCAACACUCUCGAAACUGGAAGCUGCCCCCACAUGCUCUUCUAUGGACCCCCCGGCACCGGAAAAACAACCACUGCUCUUGCAAUAGCUCACCAGCUUUUCGGGCCUGAGCUUUACAAGUCUAGGGUGCUGGAGCUCAAUGCAAGUGAUGACCGUGGGAUUAAUGUUGUUCGCACCAAGAUAAAGGAUUUUGCAGCCGUCGCAGUUGGUACUAUUCAGCACAAGGGUGGUUAUCCUUGUCCACCAUAUAAGAUUAUUGUCUUGGAUGAGGCAGAUUCAAUGACUGAAGAUGCUCAGAAUGCCCUGAGACGAACGAUGGAAACUUACUCUAAAGUUACUCGGUUCUUUUUCAUAUGCAACUACAUCAGCAGGAUCAUAGAACCACUGGCUUCAAGGUGUGCAAAAUUCAGGUUCAAGCCAUUGUCAGAAGAGAUCAUGAGCAACCGAAUACUGUACAUUUGCAAUGAAGAAGGACUCAAUCUUGAUGCUAAGGCUCUUUCAACCCUGAGUUCUAUCUCUCAAGGAGAUCUUCGUCGGGCUAUCACAUACUUGCAGUCAGCGGCUCGAUUAUUUGGAUCUUCCAUUUCUUCAGAGGACCUGAUUUCAGUAUCUGGGGUUGUUCCAGCAGAGGUAGUGGAGGCAAUUCUGAAAGCAUGCAAAAGUGGAAAUUUUGAUUCAGCCAACAAGGAAGUAAACAAUUUCAUUGCAGAGGGAUAUCCAGCCUCUCAGAUACUAACUCAGUUAUUUGAGGCCAUUCUUGAAGAUGACAUAUCAGAUGAACAGAAAGCAAGAAUCGCCAAGAAGCUGGGAGAAGCAGAUAAGUGUCUGGUUGAUGGUGCUGAUGAAUACUUGCAGCUUCUUGACACAGUCAGCACUACAAUGCAAGCUUUUUGUAACAUGCCGGAAGGAUUUGCUUAUGGGAGUUAGAUAUAUGAUAGAUAGCUGGUUAAAUCUAGAAGGGGUCAAUUAGAGGAUCUAUAUUAUGAAACUAAACUAAGAUUUGGACUCCGGUUUUUUACUUGUUUUGAAUCAUUCAUUCCUAACAUUUAUUAUAUGAUAUCCCUUAUGUACAAAAUUAAGGCUACAGCUGGUGAAAUUAAUGAUUGCAAUGCAGUAUCUUAAAUCA